UAGUAAAGAUUAUACUGAGAGUCUAAGAUUAGUAGUAAACGUUUUUGAUGUACAGGCUAGGGCUAGUUAUAGAACUUAAAAUCCUAAUAUUAUUGUUUACAAAAUAUAAAAAGUAACACAUGAAAAUAUCUUAUUGAGGUCAAUUUAAACAGUUUCAGACAUGGCAGGAGCAAGUACAGUUGGAGUAAUGAUCCAGUCUACGGCAGGAGCUAUACCCAUUAUUAAUGAAAAAGGGGAAGUGUCUAUGCAAAAGGUGAAAGUUCAUCGUUAUGUAUCUGGCAGAAGACCCAAGUAUGCACCUGAGGAGAGCAGUGAAGAAGAAAGUGAAGAGGAGUUCCCUUUCGAACGAGGCCAACAGGCUGUUGUUCCUGAGCCUCCAGAAGUGGAUGAAGAAGCAGAAAAACAUGAUCCUAGGUUGAGAAGAUUGCAGAGAAGAGAACAGGAAGAAGAUGAAGAAGAAAGGAUUGAGCGUCAUCGUCAGAUACACGAACCUGAAGUAAUAGCAACAGGAGAUCAAAAUGAAGAAGCUGGUGAGCUGAAAGAGCCUACAAUACGGUGGCGUGAUGAAGAAGAAAGCAGUGAUGAAGAAGAAUUGGAUGAAGAGGAAAUAGAGAGAAGAAGAAUACUCUUAAGGCAGAAAGCUAAGGAAAGAGUUGAGCAAGAAGAAGAAUUGAUGGAUGUUGAAGAUGAGGGGAGGUCAGAAGUAGAAGAAUCAGAAGAGUCUGAAUAUGAAGAAUAUUCUGAUUCUGAAGAAGAAACAGGACCAAGACUUAAGCCUGUGUUUGUCAGGAAAAAAGACCGUGUUACUAUUCAGGAGCGAGAGAGAGAAGUACAUAAACAAAAGGAACUGGAGUUGGAAGUGAAGCGUAUGAAUGAGGAUAGGCGUAGACAAACGUUAAAGAUUAUAGAAGAUGAAAACAGGAAAGAAAUUAUGGGUACUGUUAAACAAGAAGACCCUGCCCUGACUGUAAAUACAGAUGAUGAGAAUGAUGAAGCUGCUUAUGAAUCAUGGAAACUGAGAGAACUAAAACGAAUCAAAAGAGACAAAGAAGAAAGAGAAGGGUAUGAGAAAGAACGAUUAGAAAUUGAGCGAAUUCGUAUCAUGCCUGAAGAAAAGAGAAGAACAGAACUUAGAAAUAUGCCCCGUGUGAUUACCAACAAGCCUGUGAAAGGGAAAUACCAGUUUCUUCAAAAAUAUUAUCAUCGUGGAGCUUUCUAUUUGAAUGAGGAAGAGGAAGUACUGAAACAAGACUUUUCUGCUCCAACACUGGAGGAUCACUUCAACAAAACUGUUCUGCCUAAAGUUAUGCAAGUUAAGAACUUUGGGAGAUCUGGUCGUACAAAAUACACACAUCUUGUUGACCAGGAUACCACCCAUUUCGACUCUCCUUGGAUAUCAGAAACAGCACAGAAUGUGAAAUUUCACACCAACCAAGCAGGUGGGAUGAAGCAGAUGUUUGAACGACCAUCCGUCAAGAAGAGGAAGAAGUGAAAGUGGGAAAAAAAAAUUUUAAACACUUGUGGAUAUCUGAACAGUGUUGUGCCCAUCACAGCAACAUUUGGGCUCUUCUUGUUGAAAUUCCCAUUUGUACCAACACAAUGUAACUGAAAAUGUGAAUUUUAUGAAAAAAUAUAGGUUUUUGUGUGGUUACCACAAGACUAGUUUUGAAAACCUAAUGAAAAUGUAAGAUUUGUUUAUCAGUAAAAGUACAUAAAAAAUGUCUAAGGUAA